CCCAACUCCCUGCCCUGCGCCCCAAAAGAGUCAUAUAAACCCCACUGCGCCUGCCCCUCCCUCGCGCCUCGUUUCUCACUUCCCAUCGGCAUCGCUCGGUAGUAACACCGACCACAAAAAUCGUGCAGGCAGGUCCUCAUCCUCGACUUUUGCGCAAACCGAUUUUACUCGCGGAUACUCGCCUGAGCGCGCCUUGUCAAUAUGCCGAAGAAUAAGGGAAAGGGUGGCAAGAACCGCCGCAGAGGAAAGAACGAGAACGACAAUGAGAAGCGCGAGCUCACCUUCAAGGAGGAAGGGCAAGAGUACGCCCAGGUUCUCAAGAUGUUGGGGAACGGAAGACUCGAGGCCAUGUGCUUCGACGGUGUCAAGCGUCUCGGCCUUAUCCGAGGCAAGCUCCGGAAAAAGAUCUGGAUCAACAACGGCGACAUCAUCCUCGUUUCGCUGCGCGAGUACCAAGACGAGAAGGGUGACGUGAUCCUCAAGUACUCCGCCGACGAGGCUCGUUCUUUGAAAGCCUACGGCGAACUCCCCGACACAGCCAAGAUCAACGAGACGGACACGUUCGGUCCCAACGAAGACGGCGACUGCGGCUUCGAGUUCGACGAGGACCGCGACAGCGAGGAAGAGGGCGAGGGCGCCACCGCCGGCAAGGACAUUGCCAUCGACGAUAUCUAAACUGCCGCUGCCCCGCGAGCCAAUAUCAUCCUCCACUCCUGGGGCGGGAACCACCCCUUCUGACCUCGACCCGACUCUUUCUUGGCUCUUGCCAAGAAGGGGGCGUCAGUCGGGGAACGGAAAGUAAAAAAACUGUCUUCUCUCUCAAACCUUGGUCAUGCGGCUUGCCGUGUAGCCGAGAGUUCCCCGACAGUUGGUGGGCAUCUCGUCUUGGUGGUGGGGGUAGGGUCUAGUCUGAAAGGGGACGGGUUUGGUCGUGAUGGGAGAGACGUCAUCACCGGGCCUGUCCCAUGUUGUUGUUUUAGAGGUUGAAGUAGUUCGUUAGGGUAAUGCUAGCAGUUUGCUUGGCCUGGCUUUUUGUCUCGCGGGAUAUGAGUCUUAUGCAUCGCGAGAUCUCAUGCAGCGAAAAAUCAAGUAGUCAAUUAUAUACAUCACAUGCGCUCGGUUUUCAGUGAA